AUGUCUGACUGUGGGCUUGGAGGACCAAUUCCCAAUCCCCUUCUCAACCUCACCUCUCUCCUUCAUCUCGAUCUGUCAUACAACUAUUUAUCAGCACAAGUACCUUCUUGGUUUGAAAAUCUGACUGCCCACUUGCUCUCACUUGAUCUCUCUUUGAAUGAGAAUCUUGGAGGAGACGUUUCUUUCAUCGGACAACGAAAGUCUUCUUCGUCACUAACCAGCAUUGAACUCUCAGAGACAGACAUGAAGGGCCGAAUUCCAUCUGGUAUAUGGAAUAUCUCAUGCUUGAAGCAUCUUGUUCUGUCACGUACCGGAAUUGAAGGUGAGAUUCCAGCUGCUAUAGGGAAUUUGAUUUCCUUGCAAAGUCUGGAUCUAUCAGCGACCAGAAUUGAAGGUGCGAUUCCAGCUGCUAUAGGGAAUUUGAUUUCCUUGCAAAGUCUGGAUCUAUUAGCGACCAGAAUUGAAGGUGAGAUCCCAUCUGCUAUAUGGAAUAUGCCGUCUUUGAAGGAUCUUCUUCUCUCAGCCACCAGAAUUGAAGGUGAGAUUCCAUCUGCUAUAGGGAAUGCGUUGUCCUUGGAAAGUCUUUCUCUGUUUGAUACCAGAAUUGAAGGUAAGAUUCCAUCUGCUAUAGGGAAUGUAUCGUCCUUGAAGAGUCUUAAUCUAUAUAAUACCUCUAUUGAAGUAUUGGAUUUGGGAAAUAAUGAAUUGGAAGACACCCUUCCCCACUGGAUUGGAAAGCUAUCACAACUGCAUGUGUUGGUCUUAAGGUCUAAUCAUUUCCAUGGUAGCAUCCCACGCCAGGUAAUUGGCCUUCCAAAUCUUCAAAUUUUGGACCUUUCUGGCAACAACCUUUCAGAACCCAUUCCAAGAAACCUUACAAACUUGCUCGCAAUGGUCAAUGCAUCGCAGAGUAAUCCAAACCAUUUGGAAGACGUUAGAUAUACAAAUAAAAUUAAAAUUUCCUGGAAAGGCUGGGAUGUUGAAUUUGUGAAAGUUCUUUUCAUUCUUAAAUGUAUUGAUCUCUCAAACAACAACUUAUCAGGGCGCAUUCCUUCUAAAAUGGGAUCUCUUCAAGGCUUGAUAGCCCUUAACCUUUCAAGGAAUCAUCUCAGUGGCCGAAUCCCAAAAACAUUGGGAUACAUGGAUCAACUAGAGUCUCUGGACCUCUCGCUAAACAGUUUGAAUGGCAACAUCCCCUUAGAACUUGAGUUCCUGAGUUAUUUGGAGUUCUUGAAUCUAUCUUACAACAUACUUGAUGGAAAAGUACCCCACGGAGGACAGUUUCUAACUUUUGGAGAGUCAUCCUACUUAGGCAAUUCUAAGCUAAGUGGGAUUCCAUUUACCAAUAUAACCGUCUGCAACAACUCUUCUGGCUAUGGCAACUGCACAAGUAUUGAGAAAAUUGGUGAAGCAAAGAAUUCAGAUGGUGAAAUGAUAGGAUGGGCAGUCGGACUUGGAUUGAGUUAUGGUUUGGGAUUCUCUAUUGUGAUUGGAGUAUUGACUUUAAAUAAGAGGGUGAAAAAGAGAGCCUUCGAUAUUUAUGAUGUUGUAAUUUUAGCUAUUGAUGGGUGUAUAAGAGGUCGAUCGAUGAAAGUAGAUACAACUGUAUAA